AUGAGAGGAGACCGCUGGGAGAGAAACAUAGGGAACCUAAAUCAAGACGUUUUGAAUGAGCUGCGAGAUAUGAGAGCAUUGAUAAGCAAUUCGCGGAGAGGCAACAGAGUGCAGCUGGCGGAGGCAAUAGAAGAGGCCUAUAAAUAUCCAUUUACCUAUGAGAUAAUGCACGCGGACAUCCAAGAGAAAUGCGUGUUACCAACGCUACCAAGCAUAUUCAGUAGAUAUGAGAGUUCUGUCCAGCACUUGAAGCAAUACACCCUUUCGUUGAUGCAAUGGGGACGAAAUGAUGCGGUACUCUGUAGAUAUUUUCCCGUGAGCUUGGACGGGGAAGCAUUGGCCUGGUUUGAUGGGCUCCCAGAAAGAUCGAUUUCGUCGUUCAAAGACUUACAGAAGAUAUUCCUGACCACCUAUAUAACUAACAACAUGCUGAGGCCAGGAAUUGAGACUCUAUUCAAUUUAAGAAGGAUACCCACAGAAAGCCUGCGAGGAUUGGUGACGAGGUGGAGAACAGUAUGCAGCGAGCUUGCAGGGAGAGUUGAUGAGAAAAAUUUCAUUUUAGCUUUCGUGAACGCUUUAAUCCCAACUGACCUGCUGUACACUCAAAUAUUCAUUAUCCGAAACUCUUUGACGAUGAAUGAAUUAAGAGAAUACCAAGAGGAGUACAUAGCCUUGGAAAAAAAGCAGAGGCAAGUUAGCGAAGUAGCACCGAUGCCAGCGAAAGAAGGAAAUUCAAGUCUAUUACCAAGGACAGUGCAUGUCGUGGAGAAUGAUUCGAAACAUGAAAAGGGAGAGCCUUCAACUCCAGUCCCAGUGAAGCUUGUUGUUGUAUCUGGUGGCGAUCAAGAAUGGAUCGAUCAACAAAAGUAUGAGGAGUCAAGACGAAGGAAUUAUGAGCCACGAAGUUACAAUGCAGGGUAUCAACAAAGGAAUAAUCAAGGGCCUAGAUUUGGAGAGCGGAGACCAAAGCCACCAGAUUUCGAGGAUUUGAAGCUCCCUAGGAUUAACACGACUGUGGAAAAGAUAUGGGAGGCAAUAGUAUUAACAGAAGAGAUCCCACCACUCCCCAAUCUGGGAAGAAAUCCACCACUAGGAACCAGGAGUCAUAAGUUAUCCAUAUAUCAUCGUUUUCAUGGACACCACACAAGGGACUGUUGA